GAGGGGCGCGCGGCCACGAGGAAGUGUAGUUUCUUACAGGGCUGAAUUGAAACAACUUCAGCUGUUUGCUUUUAGGAUGUCUCGCCGCAAGCAAGCGAAACCGAGAUCCCUCAAAGACCCCAGCUGUAAACUUGAAGACAAGACUGAAGAUGGAGAGGCGCUAGGCUGUAAGAAGAGGCCGGAGGACGGAGAGGAGCUGGAAGACGAGGCCGUGCACAGCUGUGACAGCUGCCUCCAGGUGUUCGAGUCACUGAGCGACAUUACCGAACACAAGAUUAAUCAAUGUCAGUUGACAGAUGGAGUGGAUGUUGAAGAUGAUCCCACCUGCUCUUGGCCGGCUUCCUCACCUUCUAGCAAGGACCAGACUUCCCCUAGCCAUGGAGAAGGAUGCGAUUUUGGCGAGGAAGAAGGUGGCCCUGGACUCCCAUACCCAUGCCAAUUCUGUGACAAGUCCUUUAGCCGCCUCAGCUACCUAAAGCACCAUGAGCAGAGUCACAGUGACAAACUGCCUUUCAAAUGCACCUAUUGCAGUAGGCUGUUCAAACACAAGCGGAGCCGAGACCGCCAUAUCAAACUCCACACAGGGGACAAGAAGUACCACUGCAGUGAAUGUGACGCCGCAUUCUCCAGAAGUGAUCACUUGAAGAUCCACUUAAAGACUCACACGUCCAACAAGCCAUAUAAAUGUGCCAUUUGUCGCCGUGGGUUCCUGUCCUCUAGUUCCUUGCACGGACACAUGCAGGUCCACGAGAGAAACAAGGAUGGGUCCCAGUCUGGCUCCAGGAUGGAGGACUGGAAGAUGAAGGACACUCAGAAGUGCAGUCAGUGUGAGGAAGGCUUUGACUUCCCGGAAGACCUCCAGAAGCACAUCGCGGAGUGCCACCCCGAGUGCUCCCCAAACGAGGACAGAGCGGCCCUCCAGUGUAUCUACUGCCACGAGCUCUUUGUGGAGGAGACGUCCCUCAUGAACCACAUGGAGCAGGUGCAUGGCGGGGAGAAGAAGAACUCUUGCAGCAUUUGCUCGGAGAGCUUCCACACCGUCGAGGAACUGUACAGCCACGUGGACAGCCACCAGCAAGCCGAGUCGUGCAACCACAGCAACAGCCCCUCUCUGGUCACAGUGGGCUACACGUCCGUGUCCAGCACGACUCCGGAUUCCAACCUCUCCGUGGACAGCUCGACCAUGGUGGAAGCUGCCCCCCCAAUCCCAAAGAGCCGGGGCAGGAAGCGGGCUGCUCAGCAAACCCCUGACCUGACCGUCCCCUCGAGUAAACAGGCCAAAGUGACCUACAGCUGUAUUUACUGCAACAAGCAGUUGUUCUCGAGUCUGGCAGUUCUGCAGAUUCACCUGAAAACGAUGCAUUUGGACAAGCCAGAACAGGCCCACAUUUGUCAGUAUUGCUUGGAGGUAUUGCCCUCACUCUAUAACCUGAAUGAACAUCUGAAGCAAGUGCAUGAAGCUCAGGAUCCAGGUCUGAUUGUUUCUGCCAUGCCUGCCAUAGUCUACCAGUGCAAUUUCUGCUCUGAAGUUGUCAAUGACCUCAACACCCUUCAGGAACACAUCCGAUGUUCUCAUGGAUUUGCGAACCCUGCCGCUAAGGAUAGCAAUGCGUUCUUUUGUCCCCAUUGCUACAUGGGGUUUCUCACUGACUCUUCCCUGGAAGAGCAUAUAAGACAGGUCCAUUGUGACCUCAGUGGCUCCCGAUUUGGGUCUCCGGUGCUCGGGACUCCGAAGGAACCGGUAGUAGAAGUCUAUUCUUGUUCUUAUUGUACAAAUUCGCCAAUAUUCAACAGUGUUCUUAAGCUGAACAAGCAUAUCAAAGAGAAUCAUAAAAACAUUCCCUUGGCCCUGAAUUAUAUUCACAAUGGGAAGAAAUCCAGGGCCUUGAGCCCCUUAUCUCCCGUGGCCAUAGAGCAGACAUCUCUUAAGAUGAUGCAGGCGGUGGGUGGGGCACCUGCGCGUCCAGCUGGAGAAUAUAUCUGUAAUCAGUGUGGUGCUAAGUACACUUCCCUGGACAGCUUUCAGACUCACCUAAAAACUCAUCUCGACACUGUGCUCCCCAAACUGACCUGCCCUCAGUGCAACAAGGAAUUCCCCAACCAAGAAUCCUUGCUGAAGCAUGUUACCAUUCAUUUCAUGAUCACCUCAACCUACUACAUCUGCGAGAGUUGUGAUAAGCAGUUCACGUCAGUGGAUGACCUUCAGAAACACCUGCUGGACAUGCACACCUUUGUCUUCUUCCGGUGCACACUCUGCCAAGAGGUUUUUGACUCGAAAGUUUCCAUUCAACUCCACCUGGCUGUGAAACACAGUAACGAGAAGAAAGUCUACAGGUGCACGUCUUGCAACUGGGACUUCCGCAACGAGACUGACUUGCAGCUCCACGUGAAGCACAACCACCUGGAAAAUCAAGGCAAAGUGCACAAGUGCAUUUUCUGCGGCGAGUCUUUUGGCACCGAGGUGGAGCUCCAGUGCCACAUCACCACUCACAGCAAGAAGUACAAUUGCAAAUUCUGCAGCAAAGCCUUCCACGCAAUCAUUCUGCUGGAGAAACACCUGCGGGAAAAGCACUGUGUGUUUGAAACCAAGACUCCCAACUGUGGCACGAACGGGGCUUCUGAGCAAGUGCAGAAGGAGGAGGUGGAGCUGCAGACCUUGCUGACCAACAGCCAGGAGUCCCACAACAGUCAUGACGGGAGCGAAGAAGAUGUGGACACCUCGGAGCCGAUGUACGGGUGUGACAUCUGUGGGGCAGCCUACACCAUGGAGACCCUGCUGCAGAACCACCAGCUCCGAGACCACAACAUCAGACCCGGGGAGAGCGCCAUCGUGAAGAAGAAAGCCGAGCUCAUUAAAGGGAAUUACAAGUGCAACGUGUGCUCUCGAACCUUCUUCUCUGAAAACGGCCUCCGCGAGCAUAUGCAGACCCACCUAGGCCCUGUCAAACACUACAUGUGCCCCAUUUGUGGAGAGCGGUUUCCCUCCCUUUUAACUCUUACCGAACACAAAGUCACUCAUAGUAAGAGCCUUGAUACCGGAAACUGCCGGAUUUGCAAGAUGCCUCUCCAGAGCGAAGAGGAGUUUUUAGAGCAUUGCCAAAUGCACCCUGACUUGCGGAAUUCCCUGACAGGAUUCCGCUGCGUGGUCUGCAUGCAGACCGUGACCUCCACCUUAGAACUCAAAAUCCACGGGACAUUCCACAUGCAAAAGACAGGGAAUGGGUCCGCCGUCCAGACCACAGGGCGUGGCCAGCAUGUCCAAAAACUGUACAAGUGUGCGUCUUGCCUCAAAGAGUUUCGUUCCAAGCAAGAUCUGGUGAAACUUGACAUCAAUGGCCUGCCAUAUGGUCUGUGCGCUGGCUGUGUGAAUCUUAGUAAGAGCGGCAGCCCAGGCAUCAACAUCCCUCCCGGCACGAAUAGGCCGGGCUUGGGCCAGAAUGAGAAUCUCAGUGCCAUUGAGGGUAAAGGCAAGGCGGGGGGACUGAAGACUCGCUGUUCUAGCUGCAACGUUAAGUUUGAGUCUGAAAGCGAACUCCAGAACCACAUCCAAACGGUCCAUCGAGAGCUCAUGCCAGAUAGUAACAGCACACAGUUGAAAACUCCACAAGUGUCGCCAAUGCCCAGAAUCAGUCCCUCCCAGUCGGAUGAGAAGAAGACCUAUCAGUGCAUCAAGUGUCAGAUGGUUUUCUACAAUGAAUGGGAUAUUCAGGUUCAUGUUGCAAAUCACAUGAUUGAUGAAGGACUGAACCACGAAUGCAAACUCUGCAGCCAGACCUUCGACUCCCCUGCCAAACUCCAGUGCCAUCUGAUCGAGCACAGCUUCGAAGGGAUGGGAGGUACCUUCAAGUGCCCCGUCUGCUUCACAGUGUUUGUUCAAGCAAACAAGUUGCAGCAGCAUAUUUUCUCUGCCCAUGGACAAGAAGACAAGAUCUAUGACUGCACACAAUGUCCGCAGAAGUUUUUCUUCCAAACAGAGCUGCAGGUAAUGUCCCCAUGAGGAGAACCGGGACUGAACUCAGUUGCUCUUCUUCUAGGCAACAAGGGCACUUUAAAUCUGGAUUCACAGUAUCACUCACCCUGGGCCACCAGGAUGCUCUGUGUGUAUUGGGGCAAAGGGAAAAUUAGAGGCUGGAUUAACAGACACCAAAGUAAUUUUGCCUCUGGCUGCUGUCAGUCAUAAAAAGAACUGGAACAGACCUGUAAUUGGACCUUCUGACCCAGUGUGAUAGGCUUAGGGGUCAGCUUUAUUGGACUAUGGGAUCAUUCACCUCGCCGUCAUGGCCCAUUCUCCCCAAUCCUGUUUUAUUCAUGUUCUGUUCCCACUGGACUCCAAGCUGGAUGGAUGUCCAAGUUAUUGUUGUCCUGAGGGGCUCAAAAUUGGAAGGGAGAAGGGAAGAGAAGAAAGAAGCUCUACCCUUGUCUAGUAUGUUUCUUCCACUUAAUGGACUAGAACAAUUAUUACUCACUAACAGCCUCCUAGUUAAAAUGUUGGCACCCAAAGACAUUAGGUUUAGCCUUGAGUGUCCACUUGCUAGAUAUGUGACUUUGCCUGGGUCCCUAAUGUCUCUGAACCUCAGAUACGAAGAAAUGACAGACAAGUGUAACGCUUAUGGGGUUGCUGUUAGGUAAAAAUGAAGUGACUAGGUCUGAAUCUAAGGUACAAACCAGAAAAUACAAUACAAAUUUUCGUUGGUUUUAUUACUCUUGGCAAUAGACCAGUAGUUAAAAUAUGGGUAAGAGACCUGGAUGCUACCCUAGAAAUGUUACUUAUUGUGAAUGGAAAAUAACUUUUGUUUUGUGUUUUCUGUUACUUCAUCUGAAAAAUGGGCAUAAUACUUAUCCUCAUUUUUCUAAUGAAAUUAUAUGAGUAACAUGUUUUUGCUAAAUUUUGUUGGAGCCCUUAGAGGAGAAUGGAUUCGAACACAAACUCAUUUUAUUAUUAUGAGCGUUAUCAUUAACAAUAAAGUCAUUUAGCCCAAAAAGGGGGAAAGGAGUAGUUAUUUUUUGCAUCGAAUCGCUUCAACCAGAUCUGGAUGAAGCAGGAACUCAGAGCCCCACCCACUCCUUAGUUUCUCAUCUUAUACUGUGGACCCUGGGACAGCUUUGUACCUCCGUGGGCUCUGGGGAAGCCAGAUUUAUGUGAAUUAUGUGUCAAAAUGAGGAAUUUACAGUUUAUUCUCUGUUAUCAUUCUAUAAGUAAACA